CUCUACAGAGGAGCCCCCCGCAGGGCGAAUGAGAAGGCAUGCAACAAAAACACACACGAUGGCAUCAACAGAAAUCUGAAUGCAACACAACACAUGAGAAAACAAAAAACUGAAGAUAAACAAUCAACAAAUCAUAAUGGAUGUAAAAGCGGCUGGAUGGAGGAGAUGGAAGCUCGACAGAAACUCAGGAGGGGGAAGCGUGUCAGGUGGAUGGCUUUGCUUUUGGCUGACUUAGCCUGAGAGGCGACACCCAGGGCUCCAAACGGCCUGCACAGGACGGCUGUGAAGUGUGAGGAUGACUCAGGUGAGCAGAUAAACAUCAUGUGGCCAAUCAGAGGAAAGGAACUCAGUGAAAUCUUUGACUUGUUCCUGAUGUUUGUGGUUGUUGCUGUUCCUCAGGUGUCAAACCUGCUGGCGUGUUGGCUGCGUUUAACACGUUAGGAAGCCCGACGAGGCAUGAGACGGUACACCUGCCUGACGGAGCUGCGUUCAGGAACGUGGCCGAUGUUGCCCAGAGAGCCGACCUUGGACUGGACUUUGAACUCCAGCUUCUCGUUUUUGAUCUCCACAUUUCCGCCACCUCAUGAAAACACAACGCAGAGCCAAAAUCGGUGAAGUCAUCCUGCGAGCUUCGGUCGUCUUCACUUCAGUCAGCUGCACGGACGGAGGACGUAAACGUUGGAUGUUUCAGUGGAAUUUGGGAAACCAAAGCUAAAGGUUUUAGUUUUUAAUGGAGACUGAAACCAUGACCUUCAGUGUGACUGCUGCCGUUUACGUCCUGAUCAUCACAAGAUGUCUGGUGUCAUCAACUCAUCCAGAGUGUUCAGUUGUUCUUCAUCUCCAGAAGAAAGAAGAGGAGUGUAAGCUGAAGAUGAAGGCGUCUGCUGCAGCUUCUCUUCGCUCCAGCAGUAAUGUGACCGCAGGCUGUGUGAUGGAGUGGGACGGACUGAGCUGCUGGCCAGCUGCUUCUGAAGGACAGACCGUCUCCGUCCUCUGUCCUCCGCUGCUGCUGAAGCCUGAAACGCCUCCAGUUGUCAUCACUCGGAGCUGCAUGGCUCGAGGAUGGAGCGAAGCGAGUGUGCCGUAUUACGAAGCCUGUUACCACGAGGCUUUAGAGGAAGACGAAGACAUGAGGACAGAGAAGGAGUACUUUGAAACCCUGAAGGUGGUCUACAGCGUUGGAUACGGAGCCUCUCUGGCUGCUCUCCUCGUCGCUGCUCUGCUCCUCUGCUGCUUCAGGAAGCUGCUGUGCACGCGGAACUACAUCCACCUCAACCUGUUCGUCACCUUCAUGCUCAGGAGCCUUGCUGUGUUCAUCAAAGAUUCAGUGCUGUUUGCAGACAGAAGCAUGGACCACUGCACGGCGUCCACGCUGCAGUGCAAAGCAGCAGUGACCUUCUUCCACCUGUGUGUGUCGGCCAACUUCUCCUGGCUGCUGGUGGAGGGUCUGUACCUGCACACCGUGCUGCUCUUCACCUUCACUCAGACCGGGAAGCUCCUCCGGAUCUACGCCACCGUCGGCUGGGGCGCUCCGUCAGUGACCAUUGUGAUCUGGGCCCUGCUGAAGAAGCAGCUCGAUGACGAGGGGUGUUGGGACAACCUGGAGAGCCGCCUGUGGUGGAUAAUCAAGAUUCCCAUCCUGCUGUCUGUCUUUGUGAACUUUGUGAUCUUCCUGAACGUCAGCAGGAUCAUCGUUCAGAAGACAAAGGCCACACAUGUGAACCGAAGUGAGACGCACCUGUACAGGAGACUGGCUCGCUCCACCCUGCUCCUCAUCCCUCUGUUUGGCCUCCACUACGUGGUGUUUGCACUGUUCCCGGAACACGUUGGCGUCAGGCCUCGGCUCUUCUUCGAACUGGUUUUAGGCUCCUUCCAGGGUUUUAUUGUAGCUCUGCUGUACUGUUUUCUAAAUGGAGAGGUCCAAAAGGAAAUCCAGAGGACAGUGAGAAGGUGGUGGCCUGAGACAAAAACUAAUGCCAUCAAUCUCCCAACCCAAGAAUUCGUCCCCUGAAGUCAACAAAAGACAAAACAAACUCACAGAUUCCCUCCUCAGGUUGUAGUUUGGUAUUUAUUAGUUUCCUUUAAAGACAUUUUGUCCCCUUGUCAUUAGCCUCAUUUUCAGUUUAAUACAUUAAAGUUUGAAGUUUGAAGUUUGAAGUUUUAAGCAGUGGUGUAAAAAGAAAAAAAAUAGAUAGAUAGAUAGAUAGAUAGAUAGAUAGAUAGAUAGAUAGAUAGAUAGAUAGAUAGAUAGAUACUUUAUUGAUCUUGAGGGAAAUUCAAUAUGCUAAAAUAUGAAAGUCUAAUAAAGAGUCUGAUAUUGAAUGUGCUCAUGUCAGAAGUGUAGCAGAGUGGACGUGUAAAGUGUCAGGACACAGAAAUACUCAGUACUGUACUGUACUGGAGUAAAUGUACUUCAGUUUUGUUUGGUUAGAUUUGAAGUACGUCACUCAGUGAUUUGUUGCCUCCUGUUUGUUCACGCUUCACUUUGGCUUCAUUGUGUGCUGAUGUGAAUUCUUAUGUUUUCUGAGAAUAAAAUAUUGGUCAUAAAUACGA